GACACAAGGCUUAAUACAUAGCAUAUACGAAAUACGAAACUGCCUAUCUGCGCAAUGUGAUUGAGGAAACUAUUAUGGAAAUUAUUAGCGGUUAUUAGCAUACAUGACAUAAGACAUAAGUGCUCAGCAGUCAGUGCCCGAAAAUUCAUGUCCAGAAUUCUCCAGAAGUUUGUCUAAUUAUGGAUGACCAACACAUCUUACACAUGGAUGAGGAUGACCCACCAAAAGAGGAUGCGAGAAGGUUUACGAUACACUUUCAAAUAAACAGUCAUGAGCCAAUUAGUAUUUCGGAUUUAAAAAUUUCAGAAUAUUUGAAAUUUAAAAGAAAUGAUGAAUAUGCCUUGCAGUAUUGCCAAAAUUAUCAUAUCGAUGAGAAUGAGGUAAUUGAAAACAUGUAUCGAUCACUGGAUGAUGUGGAUUAUACUCGAGUCAAAAUUCCUGAUAUUGAUAUGGAGGGAAAAUGUACUGAAGGUCUUACAGAAAUAGAGUCAAAAGAUGCUUCUCAAGCUAGUUGCAGUUCAAGUUCGCAGAAGUCAAAAUGUAAAAUUCAACCAAGCCCAAUAUGGAGCCACGUUGAAAAAGUUAAGAAUAAGGAUGUAUAUAAAUGUAUAUAUUGUAAAAAGGAAUAUAGAGCAUGUGGAAACACUACAAACAUGCUGAAACAUCUGAAGACACAACAUCCAUUAUUUUUUCAAAUGCCUCCAAAAAGUACCAAUUCUAGUAAUACCAAAAUCAAGGAAGCAGCAGUAAAAAGGCCACUUCAAGAAGUCGACAAUAUCGAACUAACAUUAAGUCCACCAAAGAAACAAUGUGCUGAUUCAUCUGGUAGUUAUGGAAUAAAAGAAGCAUUCAAACAUAUAGAUUCUUUCAAAGAAGAAGGUUCUAUGUCAGAUAAAAUUACAAAUGUAAUUUUAUUUAUGAUAUGCAAGGAUUUACUUCCUAUUUCUACGGUAGAACAUAAAGGUUUUUUAACACUACUCAAGGUUUUGGCACCCCUUUACAAGCCUCCUUCGAACAAAACAAUGACAAAAAAACUCGAAUCCCGAUACGACGUUAUGAAACAAGGUUUCGUUAAAGAACUUCAAGAUGCAGAUUGUUAUUGUUUAACCUGUGACAACUGGACAGACUGUUCUAAUAAGAGCUAUUUAGGAGUAACAAUUCAUUACCUUCAGAAGUCUUUUAAAAUGAAAAGUGGAUGUCUUGGAUGCUUUCCACUUCACGAGAGGCAUACAGCUGAGUACCUCAAACAAUCUUUGCAACAAUUAUUAGAAGAAUUUAAUAUCACAACGGAAAAACUUACAGCUAUAGUAUCGGAUGGCGAAGCAGCUAUUAAAAAAGCUUGCACUGAAAUAGUUGGAAAAGAUAAACAUAUUGUCUGUAUUGCUCAUGUUGUUGCUCAUCUUCUACCCGACGCACUAACUAAGUUUCCAGAAUUAACUAGUAUCAUUGAUCAAAUGAAAUCUAUAGUGACACUUAUCAAAAGAAGUAUCCCAGCAUCAGAUAAACUUAGAGAAUUACAAUUAAAAGCAGGAAAGAGUGAAGGAACUGUGCUUAGCCUUAUACAAGACGUUCCCACUCGAUGGACAACAAAAGUUGACGCUAUUGAAAGGUACUUGGAAUUGGAACAAUAUGUUUAUGUAGCUAUGUCUGACUGUGCAAAUCCUGUUGACGUGUUAAGUAGAGAAGAAAUAAAAAUUCUGAAGGAUGUAUUCCCAAUAAUGGAGCCUAUAAGAGAUGUUAUAAGAGAGAUAAGUGGGGACUCGUAUCCUACCUACAGCUUCAUUAUACCGAUCGUCCACUGCAUGAAAAAAAAAAAUAGAUGCCGUCAAUCCUCAAACAGAAAUUGGAAAUAAAUGUAAAUUAAGAUUCAAGUUGCUAUAUCAGACAGAUUUAAAAACUUUGAGCAUUUUCCGAUAUUAGCAAUGGCUACUAUAUUAGAUCCUCGAUUUAAAAAAGUCCACUUCGAAGAUCCAUUAGCUGUUUAUCCUGCUAUAAAACGGAUCAACUCAAAGCUUAAAGCUUUUAAGUCAGAGACGCCUGAACAUAUACCUGAACCUCAAACAAAAAUAUCGGAUAGUAUAUGGGAUUUCCACGACUCCUUAGAAGUAGAUCAAAAAUCUAUUUCUAAUGUAGAUUCUAAUAUAUCAAAGGAUCUGGAACUUGAGCAGUACCUACAAUUAAAAAGGAUUUCGAGAAAAGACGACAUAUUUAUGUACUGGAAGAGAGUAGAAACAACUUUUCUCUCGCUUAGCAAACUAGCUAUAAAACAAUUGUCAGUAAUCGCAACGUCCGUUCCAUCUGAACGUUUGUUUUCAAAAGCAGGACUCAUCAAGCGCGAUAAUCGCAACAGAUUAACUGGUAGGCACUUGAAUAUGCUAGUAUUUUUAAGUUCACUUACUCUAGAAGACUGGUGUGUUUUAGUCAACAUUUAUAUGUGCUUUAAAAUGAUUUUGCAUUCAAAUUUUGUUUAUCUGUUUGGUUUUUAAUACUAUUUGUAUUAUUAUUAAUAUUCUAACUAACAUAAUAAAUCCUUCGUCUUUUCACUUUAAAAAAAUUUACAUGUAUACAUUAUUACAUGAUUUAUUACAUGAUUUAUUUAUCUAACUUAUAUAAUUUUAUGAUAUAUUAUGGUAUGGGUAUCAUCAGCUUGCCAUGGAAUGUGAGAAUGAUAUACUGCACUUGCUUUAAGGUGGUUUCAUAAUCAAAAUGUACAUAUUUGAUAGUAA